GACAUCCAGCCAUGAACCAUUCCUCCCGCUCCUGGCUUUCCUCAUGUAGGCGACAUACCACAGCUCGUGCCCUCAAUUCGUGCUACCGCGGGCUGGCUACGGAGGCCGUAGCGUCAACAGAAACGACCUCGACAGGACCCCCCCCGCCCGUUAAACCUCGUCCAAAGCAGGCCUCUCGACCGAUUCUUCACACUUCUGUGAUAUUAAAUCGCUCGCCUAUACUUACGCGCACUCCCUCGUUCUUCGAGCGCGCUUUCUAUGCCUACCAGGCUCGCAUCCGUCGCGCGCUGCACAACCCGUUCCCAUACGAGUUCUACUUCAAGCAGGGAUCGCUUCUCGAGGCGAAGUUUAACCUCGAAGAGCGCCAGCGCGACCGCACCGCGUUUGGGCGCGGAUUUGGCGCGGAUUCCCGCAACGCGCCUGGUGCGAAGCUGACGGCGGAGGAUCUGAAGAAGUUUGGGCAGGCCGAAGACGAGUCGACGGUGUCCCGUAAGCACGCGAGUGACGAGACCGGGGAUGUAAAGAGCUUAGACCGAAAGGGACAGCGGAACCUGUACUUGCUGGUCCAACGGAAAGAGAAUGGGCGUGACGUGUGGGGAUUCCCGCAAGGCAAGGUCGAGGAGGGAGAGCUUUUGCAUCAGGCUGCGCGCCGUGACCUUCUUGCACAAUGCGGCGAGGGUAUGGACACCUGGAUCGUCAGCCGAAAGCCGAUAGGUCUCCACGAGAUUGAACCUUCCGCACCACCUAAAGACACCUCGAUGCCCUCGAAAACUUGCGUCUUUUUUUUCAAAGCUCACAUCAUGGCUGGCCAAGUGCAGCCAGACGGUAAAAAUGUCUCCGACUUCGCCUGGCUCACAAAAUUGGAGAUUCGGAAGCGGGUAGACCCUAAGUAUUGGGAUGCAACCAAGGAUAUGCUAUCUGACUUCUAA